AUGAGUUUAUGGGUUGAUAAAUACAGACCGUCCAAGUUAGAAGACUUGGAAAUUCACGAAAGCUUAUCGGAACGAUUGAGGACUCUGUCUUCAUCCAGCGAUUUUCCUCAUCUGCUAGUUUAUGGUCCAUCUGGAUCAGGAAAGAAAACGCGAAUAGUCUGUGUUCUAAGAGAAUUAUUUGGUGAUGGGGUACUGAAGAUCAAAAACGAUGUGCGAAUAUUCUUAACUCCUUCACGAGUAAAGAAACAGCUCGUAGUUGUAUCUAGUAAUUAUCAUAUUGAAGUUACCCCAAGUGAUCUUGGCAGUUAUGAUCGUCAAGCGACUCAAGAACUGUUAAAAGAAAUCGCACAAACGCAACAAAUUGCGCCUGAUGCCAGACAUAGGUUUAAAGUCGUCAUAAUUAAUGAAGCAGACUUGCUCUCUCGCGAGGCUCAAGCAAGUCUCCGACGUACGAUGGAAAAAUAUAUGAAGAAUUUACGAAUAAUACUAUGCUGUAACUCAACAAGUAAAGUCAUUGCACCAAUACGAAGCCGAUGUUUGCUUGUUCGCGUUCCCGCUCCGACAAACGAUCAGAUUGUGCAUGUCUUAAAGGAUAUUUUAAAAAAAGAGAAUGUGAAUCUAUCUGAGCCGUUGAUCACGCGUGUUGCUGAACACUCACAUGGAAAUUUAAGAAAGGCGAUUUUGAGCCUUGAGACGGCUGUUACGCGGAACGAGACAUCAAAGGCAGAUGAUAAAGUAGGUUUAACGGAUUGGGAAGUAGCAAUAGAAGAUUUGGCCAAGACCAUAUUGCUUGAUCAAAGUCAGCAAACAAUGUUGCAAGUAAGAACGAAAUUCUACGAGUUGAUCAGUGCAUGCAUCCCAGCGUCAACUAUUUUAAAAACUUUGGCCUUUUCACUGGCAAAACGUGCAAAAAUCCCCGCAUUAAAACCUCGAAUUCUCAUGGAAGCAGCGUUUUAUGAGCAUCGUCUACGUCUUGGAAACAAAGCAAUUUUUCACCUUGAAGCAUUUGGUUUCAAGAUUAUGCGAUUAAUUUUACUGUUUGAAUCAGGAAUGCAAUAA